UCAUAUUUUCUCUCUUUGUUUUUUUUUUUUUUUAUAAAGAAAUUAUCUUUCUGAUAAUUUUUCACCAUUCCCUUGAGAGUUUUUUGUUCUAAAAACUUGACAGGGAAUGCUCUUUCUGAGUUCCUUCUCUCUUUGUCUGAUCUCUCCCUCUUCCAUUUUCUUUUCGUUUUCUCCUCAUUUUCAUUUUUCCAUGUCUUCAACUUGAUUUUUUCUUCUUCUUUUUUUCUUUUUUCUUUUUCUUUUUUGUUCAAUUUUGGUAUUUGAAAUCAGUUUUGUAGUAAUCAAGAGAUCAAAGUUAAAACAGCGUUGGGACUCACAAUGCUAAAGUGUUUUUUGGUCAUAGCUUCGUUGAUCUUCAUCUCCUCCACAUUUGCACAACACAAUCUUCGUCCUAAAGAAAAAUGGCUCACUUUGAAAGGGGAUCAUCCACUCGUAAUAGCAAGAGGAGGAUUAUCUGGAGUGUUUCCAGAAGCAAGCCCUUUUGCAAAUCAAAUGGCUGUGGUUACAGGUUUACAUAACACAGCUUUGUAUUGUAAUCUUCAACUCACCAAAGAUGGGAUUGGCUUUUGCUUAACUGAUCUUAGGCUUCAAAAUUCAACCAAUAUUGAAGAUGCCUUUCCUCGUGAUCGCAAGUCUUAUACUAUCAAUGGAAAGAUUCUCAAGGGAUGGUUCUCUGUUGAUAUCAUGUCUAAUGAUCUCUUUGACAGAGUCAACUUGAUUCAAAGUGUCCUCUCUCGACCUAGUCUCUACGACGGUACUUUGCCAAUCGCGGCUGUUGAAGAUGUCUUUAAAAUGAAUCCGAGUCAAUUCUGGUUGAAUGCCGAGUACGAAGCGUUCUAUGCAGAACACGGUCUGAGUGUAAUAUCGUACCUUCAAAAGGCAUUGAGAUUGAUGCGAAUAAACUUUGUGUCGUCUUCAGAGAUUGGGAUAUUGAAAGGGAUAAGUGGGAGUGUGAAUAAAGCUAGAACAAAGCUGAUAUUCAGAUUCUUAGAAGCUAAUGAAAUAGAGCCAACAACAAAGAAAACAUAUGGUGCCUUGGCUCAUGAACUUCCUAUGAUUAAGACAUUUGCCUCAGGAAUUCUGAUCAGAAAAGAAUAUAUUUGGCCAAUCGGUCCAGACAAGUAUGUGCAGCCUGCAACAAACAUUGUCAUUGAUGCUCAUAAGCUUGGCUUGGAAGUUUAUGCUUCUGGCUUUGCAAAUGAUGCCAUUGUUGGUUACAAUUAUAGUUAUGAUCCAAUCCGUGAGUACCUUCAGUUUUUUGAUAAUGGCCAUUUUGCUGUUGAUGGAGUCCUUUCUGAUUUCUCUCCCGCUGCGUCUCAAGCCAUUGCCUGCUAUUCGAGUUUUCAUAACGAUGGAAAACCUCAGCCUGGAUUAGAGCAAGCAUUGGUGAUAAGCAGCAAUGGAGCAAGUGGGGAUUUCCCAGGCUCAACUGACCUUGCUUACCAAAAAGCAAUUGAUGAAGGAGCUGAUGUCAUUGAUUGUUCAGUUCAAUUAUCCAAAGAUGGAGUUCCUUUCUGUAUGGAAAUGGCAGAUCUUUUGACAGGUACAACUGUUAUCACUGCUUUCUCAGCAAAAACUACAAGUAUCCCUGAAGUUCAAGCUGAACCUGGAAUCUUCUCUUUUGAUCUUACUUGGGCUGAGAUUCUUACUCUCAAACCUCAAAUUUCAAACCCUUUCAUGGCCUCUUCUGGUCUUGCUCGUAAUCCAGCCUUUAAGAACAAGGGCAAGUUCAUGACACUGCCUGAGUUUCUUGAGUUUUCUAAAGCCAAAGCUGUUUCUGGGAUUAUGAUCAACAUCCAAAACGCUGCGUAUUUGGCUUCAAGGAAAGGUCUGGACAUGGUGGGAACUGUAGCAACAGCCUUAGUCAAUGCCACUUUUGACAAACAAUCAACACAACAAGUUUUCAUUAGAUCAGAUGAUACUUCUGUGCUGUCCGUUUUCAAGACUAAGUACCCAAAUUUCAUUAGAGUUUUAACUGUUGAUUCAAAGAUUGGAGAUGCCCCAAAAGAAGCUCUUGAAGAAAUCAAACACUAUGCUGAAGUUGUGGCCAUUCCUCGUGGCUCUGUCAUUGAAAUUACAAACUAUUUCACUACUGGCCUCACUAAAGUUGUUGCUGAAAUGAAGGCUUCCAAUCUCUCUGUCUUUGUUUAUGUCAUGAGAAAUGAAUAUGUUUCCUUGCCCUUUGAUUACUACUCAGAAGCCUCCAUGGAGGUUUCUACUUUUGUCGACUACUUCCACGUUGAUGGCAUCAUUACCGAAUUCCCUAAUACUGCAAAACGAUACAUGACAUGUCCAUGCCGACCAACUCAGCUGAACCCGGAUACUGCUCCAUAUAUAAUACUACCACCUGAUAUUGGUAUGAUGAUGAAUAUGGUAGACCCAGAGGCCAAACCACCUACUGAUCCUCCAAUGCCCCCGUUGGAUGCUAAUGACAUUGUCGAUCCACCGCUCCCCGGGGUGAACAAAAUGGCGACAACGACUCCUUCAGAUGCUGCAGACAUGCCUGCCGCGCCAGCCCCAUCAGGCAGUGUAUCAAAUGUUGCUAACUUGUUUGUUUCUCUAGUCUCAGUUGUUGUGCUUACCUUCUUCAUAUCACUGUAAUAAUCAACACUCAAUAAUCUCCUCCAUAAUCAUAUGAAUAUUUAAACUCUCAAGGCCACCCAUUUUCACAUGUAUUUAUGUAGUUAAUACACUUUAUAUAUAUAUAUAUAAAAGUUAUCCUUUUGUUUCUUUUUAAAAA